CGUUUCUCGGCUUAUGUUCUGUGCAAUCAGGGGUUGAGCUCGACCGUCUCCAAGACCCCUUCCAGCAAUGUCUGUGUCGUUCUCUGGCAGGAAGACGACCCCUAGGUGGUCUCUGGCAUCAUGGAAGAUGUCAUGGACCUCAUUUGCCAUCACAGACGACGACCACUAGGGGGCGGAGUAGUGAGCAGGAUUAGUAGGCAACCCACCCGCCUUCUAUGGGUGGAGAACAGAAGAUUGGGGGGCGAGGUCGCACCUUCCUUCAGAGAGGUGUGGUGCGAGGCCAGCACCUGAAGAUGCUGGUGCUUCUGCUGCUUCUGGGACCCAGCUACGGGUUUGGCGCCCUCGUCUCUCAACAUCCCGACAGGGCCAUCUGUAAGAGCGGUGCCUCUGUGACCAUCCAGUGCCGUACAGUGGACCUUCAAGCCAUAAAUAUGUUCUGGUAUCAUCAAUUCCCAGAACAGGGCCUCCUGUUGAUAGCAACUUCUAACAUGGGCUCUAAUGCCACCUACGAAAAAGGUUUUAACAGCGCCAAGUUUCUCAUCAGCCACCCAAACCAAACGUUUUCAUCUCUGGUGGUGAGAAGCUUGCAUCCUGCCGACAGCAGCCUCUAUGUCUGUGGCGCUAGUGACACAGCGCUGAGCAGAGAUCAGAGAGCCAAACAAGAACCUUUGCGGCAGCCCCCCUCCCCCACCCCACCCACCCCAGGGGAGAGGCCCCUGGAGGGUGUGGAGGGAGGAAAAACCACAGCCUUUCUGACUGUGAGGUGUGUGUGUGGGUGUGUGUCUGGAGAGAGAAAGAUGGGGAACAAAAUCGAAGUAUGGAGUGUGGAGAAAGUCUGGUGUUUGAGAACUAGCCAAUGGGAAUGGAGCCGGGCCUAUAAAUGGCCACCUGAUAUGGAGUAGUUCCUUGGGCUGAAAAUGACAAAGCCUGGAUUUUCCUUCUGACUCUGCCGCAGGUUAAUCAUAUAUUCUUCCAUACAUCAACACAUA